CCCCUCCCCCAAAGCCCCUCCAUCCACACAGACGCGACAAAGGGAAAAAAACCCAAAAGUAGGUAACACCGUGCCCAGUUCCCGCCAACGAGGUGGUGGCGCCGCCGCCCCGCCUUCCUGGGCACCACUUACAAAAUGUCGGGAGAUGAUAAUUCCUUCGAAUACGCGCCAAAGUCGCCAGACUUGUCGUCUUUUUACUCGGGCGGCCCCACCCAACCUGCGUCGCAACUCCAUCCGCCGCCUCGCGACGACCAUAAAUUGCACUUGCCCGCCUACGACUACGGGCCCGACCCUUCCUCCUCCUCUCAUUACGCGCCGCCACCCCACGCCGCCGCCGUGCCGAGCCCGCAUCAGCAGCAGCAGCAGCAUCAUCAUCAAGAACAGCAACAACUGCAGCAGCAGCAGCACCAUCCGGGAAUCAAGUCCGAGUUCGCGUCGUCGUACUCACCGCCGCAGCCGCCGCACCAUCUUCAGCCAUCCUACUUGCCUCCCGUCUCGCAGCAGCCUGCCUCGCCGCCAUACGCACUGCAAGGGCCCAAUUUUCAGCAGCAAUAUCCGGGGCCCUACGGGCAGACGAGCAGCCACAACUUCGCGGGCCAAACUCUAGAUCAGUCCGUCGCGGGGCUUGGGCUGCAACACUCCCCGCAGCAAGUGCUCUAUUCUCAAGGCUCUGGGUCGCUGCCGCAGCAGGCGCCGUCCCUCAAGCUCGAGUCCGACAUGCCUCCGCGUCGAGCCGCCGCGGCGCCACCGCCGCCGGCCAUUGAGCCGUCACCCGUGCGGACAAAGUUUCCCACGGCCAGGAUAAAGAGGAUCAUGCAAGCCGACGAAGAGGUAGGCAAGGUCGCCCAACAGACGCCUAUUGCCGUGGGCAAGGCCCUCGAGCUCUUCAUGAUCCAGCUAGUGUCCAAGAGCGCCGACGUCGCUAAGGAAAAGGGGUCCAAGCGGGUCACGGCUCCCAUGCUGAAGCAGGUAGUCGAGACCGACGACCAGUGGGACUUCCUCCGCGACAUCGUCAGCCGCGUCGAGAACGAGAAAGAGGGCUCCAAGUCCAGGGCCAAAGCCGAGGCCGAGAGUGAGAGCGACGAGGAUUUUUCGGAGCCAAAGAGGCGGAGUCGCUCCGGCGCCGGCCGCAAGAGGAAGGCUUGAGGAGCGGCUGUGGCGCGUAUAACGAAGGACACGACAAGACUGAUUGGCGUUGCAAGGGAAAAGGAAGGUUUACAUACAUUACUGGCGUUGAGGAGCAAGGAGAAGGCACGGCGCUCGAGGCACGAGCGCCUGGCUGGGAUUUAGAAGUGGGAUGCUUAUCACCCACGAGACGGACACUGUUCCAACUGAGACGACGAGGAUUUAGGAAUCGAUUGAAGAUCUCGACCUGAUCCGUGUCUAUCAUGUCGACUGCUAGAUGGACGCAUGUGAAAGCUGCCUCAAUGGCAACAGGGGCCUCUGGCGAGACGGCAUUAAGACCAACCGUACGCUGUCCCAACGCCGGCAGCGUAGUCGACGAAUGCGUUCGACGAAUAGUUUCGACGAAUAUCCGAGCGCCGCUCGAGUCGCUUCCUGUCACUACCCUGCUCACGCAAGGAGCUAAGAUGGAGAUGUUGAUGGAGAUGUACCCCAGAGCAUGACACCGCCCCCUGUCGUGGAUUGCUUAUCCUCUGUUGAUAUUUGGGCUACAGGCCCCGAGUAAGGAUGAUCACUCCCUACCGGCAGAUCUGCAAGGGCCGAUCUUUCUGGGUUCAAUUGUAGGAUUCGGCCCAGGUUUGCAUAUACAUACAUCAGCAAAAGACAUGACAAUCAAAUAGGGGUCGUUGGCUUUUUGCUUGCCAG